AUGGACGAGUUUCACACCCGCUUUGCGGACUUCAAGAAUUUGGACAGUAUCCUGUUAGUUGUGACACAACCAUUUUUGGUAGACCCAACAGAUGAAAGAUGGUUGGAGCAAGCAGGAGCAAUUUCUCCAGACAUGUCCCAGCAAGACCUUCAAGAACAACUCAUCGAGCUACAGGCUGAUGAUGAACUGAAACUGCAGUUCAAUGGUCAAGAGUUGGAAAAGUUUUGGAUUGAACUUACUGGUUUCCCUGUUCUUAGGAGCAUGUCAACCAAGAUUCUCACCAUUUUUGGAUCAACAUAUAUUUGUGAACAGUGUUUUUCAAACAUGAACUUCAUUAAGAACAAAUACAGGAACAGAAUAACAAACACUCAUUUGUGCAACGUUCUCCGAGUUGCCAUCACAUCAGUCAAGCCUAAUUUUUCAGCACUGGCAAAAUCUGGGAGAAGUCAUUUCAGUCACCAGAUCUGA